AUGGACGAGCGGUGUAAUUCCCUAAAAUAUAUUUUUAGUCACGGGAGCCAUGUCCACUUUUGUGUCAGCUAUAAAAGUUGGUGCGGACGAUUCCAAAACUUCAGAACUUUAAAGUGAGCACAUAACAGUGAGUGCCUUGGAGAACACUUGGAACGAUUUCAUAUUCAUUAAUCGCUAUGAUGAUUUGCUUGAAGUCAAAGGUAAGUAGCCAUUUUCUGGUUGGGGGCAUCGUGACUCAUCUACGAUUCAUUUCUGAAUUUUUUUCUUCAUCUCCAACUCAAAAAAGACAAAAAAAGGCAAGAGAAAUCUCCCCUUCAUUUCUCUCAUUUUUACUCUUUCGCUCAUCAUUCGUUGAUCUAUUGAAAAUUGUUCAGUGUCACUACUCUAACAGUCGGUUCUAGUCUCUUAAACUGCUCUGCAUUUAGCACUUGACCCUUAGUUCCCGAAGUGAUCACCGUAGUUUUCAAUUGAGCGUUGAAAGAUACUCAAUUGGUCUAAACAACUUGCACCACCAAGUCCUAGGAAGAGGAAAAUUGAGGGAGAUUAGUUCCCUCAAUUUAGAUCUCUCAACCGAAAAAGGAAACCAACACUUACUUGAGUUUCUUGUACAUACGAGGAGGCAAUUAAAUUCAAAUUGUAUGCCUCAGGGCCAACUUUCCCGGCUGAUUCCUGUAAUGUAAACAUACCUAAACAUCAUAACAAGUAAUCAAGUCUAGGCUUUUUAUUCGCCUUCCAGGACGUCGUCUAUACAACCACGGCUGUUCUGUUAGUGCUUUUCGCCGUUUAUGAAUUUGCUGAAAGCAAGCCAACAUUUCCAGCCAAGGAAAUUGAGGAUUUAGAUCUCUUAGCCGGGGACAUGGCAACGGCAAUGGCAAGUGAUUCUGCAGAGUACAGUGGGGACGAACAUGUACCGCUUUACGAGAAGAAGCGAGUCGGACUAGACACUGAGAGGAGUAAACCGACUAUUCCUGCUGAUGACGACAUCAUGACCUUGAUAUCUUCUCUUCCAGAAGAUAAAGCGGAGGAUGGCGCACUUCUAGGCGUGGGAAAAAGAACCAGACGAGAUACAGCGAAAAACAGCUGUGUACAAGAAAUCAUAUACAAGAUAAUCGACAAUAAAGCUGUAAAAACGGUGGUUUGCGUGGACGGCUGCGAUGAGAUCAGAGGGAUUUACUAUCCCCAGCACAGAGACGAGCCCCAGAUACUUACAGUAGAUUGCAAAAAGAAG